GUUGGUUCCAGAUCUUCUCUCUGAGUUUCGUGGGUUUGCGCUGAACCCUCUUGGUCGCUAAAGUUAUGGAUGUGAAGAACUCUGGCAUGGUUACCCCCAAAAGGACUGUCUUAUCUGUCAGUGCAAGAAAAAUUAAAGAUAAUGCAGCAGACUGGCACAACUUAUUAUCGAAAUGGGAGACUCUCAACAACAUGGGGUUUUCUAUUGCAAACAAAAUAGGAAACAUCAAAAUAAAUGUGCUUACUGAAGACAAGCUAGAACUAGAAUGCAACAGCAUUGCUUCUGGAUUUCAUUCUCAAAAAGUAUAUCCAAAAUAUAAUGAGGAUCUUGAGAUGUUGUGCAAGGAACUUCAUGACACCUUGGAAAACUUGGCUAAGAUACAGAUGAAAAUGGAAAAGUUAACAUCAACCACUAAAGGAAUUUGCAACCUAGAAAAUUACCAUCGUGGAAAUGGAAAUGAUCAAACACCCCUUUUCCAUACAUGGCCCACAACCUACUUCUAUAAAGUUUCACAUAAGCUUUCAGAAAUGUACAAGAAGGAAAUACUCCUCAAACGCACCAUUGUUGAAGAACUUGCCCAUGCUACAAACCAAGAUCUUAUCUUAAGCUACUUAUCUAUGUGGUUGUACCAGCCUUAUGUGGAAAACAGCAAGCUUGAUGUGGAAAGCAUGCUACUUGAAACUGGACAUCGAGCAUUAUAAUUUUCCAAAACCAUUUUGUUUUUAAGCCCAGACUUACAACAAUACCAGUGUGGAAAAUUAAUGUUGGAUUGUGAAACUUUCCCCUUUAGCCAUUUCUAACCUGUGGCUACACCCAAUUUCUCCCCCAUGCUACGAAAAUGGGUUGGGAUAUUUUGUCUUUAUUAAAGAUAAGAAGAUUAAGGGCAGAGCUGGCCAGCCAUAGUGAACUCUGACCCAGUUGAGAAAUUAAGAGUGGAAUAAGUAGCCACGUUGAAAUGACUUUAAGUACAGUGGUCUGGUCAUAUGGCAGUGGUGACAUCUUCAGGUCCCAGCAAGGAUACACCCUUCUUGAGAUGAAGUCAUGAGGAAGAAGAUGAGGUCUACAAGUCCACCUUCUCAGUAGCUAUUUACCAAUCAGAGAUGUCAUGGGAAGGGACUACACCAGAGGAAGGAGGACCUUUUUCUUUUGGAUUGUAGAGAGACAAAUGACUAGAUUAAGAGAUCUUGACCAGUCAAUUAAUAAAUUAAAAUUAAGCAA